GUGUGUUCGUGUGGCAAGAAUAAUAAAGAAGAUCAGGACUCUUGUAUUCCGACCGUGGAUGGGAAGACGCGCUGUCCCUGUGUUGAGACACGUAUUUCCUGUACACGAGAUUGUAGGUGCAAGGGAUGCAGAAACAAAGAAAGCCAGGAACUUUGCAAAGUAACCUCUAACAGCGUAUCCUGCAGGUGUGGAGUCGAUAAAAGCAGAAAAAAUGUAGAAUACGUCGCUUGUGUAGAUGGGAAAAGGAAAACCAAAUGUCCAUGUGUACGCGCAAGAGCAUGUUGUGGGCUGAAAUGCUCAUGCAGUAACUGUGGGAAUUGUGACAACAAGCCGGAUAAAGUUACCGAUUUAGUGAAAAUCCCAGCAAAGAGA